AUGACUUGCCAGGGUCGGGCCACGCGGCCCGUGGCUUUGUGUCUUCGCGUCUUUUGGCUGACGGUUGCAUCCGCCCUUCUUAGGGCCGAUGCCUUUUCUACCCCUGCACACCGAACACUACGUUCUGGAGGCUCCUUGUGCACAACACCCUCCAGAGGAGGCAUUUCACCACACACAAGUUCAGGGGGGUAUCUGUCCAGCGCCCAGGCCACAACCCCCGGGCCGUCGCUCCUCUCACGGAACAGCAAAAGCUUCCCCAUACAGUUACGGGCGGAAGCAGGUACGGGAGGGGAAAAUGCAGGACCAAUCUUAUUGGCUGAGCGUUCGGUGAACCGCGUCACGCUCAUUGGGCGCGUUGGCCUUGACCCCGAAGUCCGCCAUUUGCUGAGUGGAGACCGCAUGGCCAGUUUUUCCCUGGCGACGUCCGAGCAGUGGAGGGAUAAGGCUACUGGAGAGGUGCGCAGCCGCACCGAGUGGCACCGGGUCGUUGUGUUUGACAAGGCGCUUGUGAAUCUCGUUGAAGCCUUUGUGCACAAGGGCCGGCGACUGUACGUGGACGGAUCCUUACAAACGCGGCGUUGGGUAGCGUCCGACGGACAGGAGCGCUAUACCACCGAGGUGCUUCUUUCCAAGUACAAGGGAGAACUUGUGCUGCUGGAAAGCCCCGAAGACAAGCAUGCAGGCGCCUCAACGCACAGGGCUAGCUCCCCAGAUAUUGCCCAGGGUGGCGGAAUGGCCCGCAUAGCUGGCUCUAGUCAGGCCUCACGCAGUAACGGAGGCUCCUCUGAGGACUUCGAGUCGCAACACGAAUCCCCAGGUGCUACCGGAGCUCGGAAUGCAGUUGCGCCGCGGGGCGAAGCGGGCACAGGCGUCCGCUUCAAUGCCUCUUGGCGCUAG